AAUUUUGACUUUUUUGGUUACGAAACAUCCCGAAAAAAUCCUCUUAGGGUAUGAAACUACACAUGUCAAGAAUACUAUAUCAACUUACUUUGAAAUCCAAAAUUAAAAUCCGAGAGAGAUAUUUUGAUUUAAAUUUUUGAAAUAAUAUAAAAACAUUAGCAGUUUUUGUUUUUGAAAAUAGCGGUAUUGGGGUGGGUCGUAGUGAUUUUUUUAAUAAAAUAACUUUUUUAGACAAUUAAUUUGUAAAGAUUUCGUAUUUAAUAAAUUUUUUUGAGAAAUGAGCUAUAAGGGGAGAUAUUUCCAUUUCAAGUUUUGAAUCGAUUAAUUUUUGAAUCGCGAAUUACGAUGAAAAAUUUGAUACGUGAAUUGCCGUAAAUUUGUACUUUCCUAAAAUUUGUACUCUUCGGACAUUUCCAAUUUUACGGACUUUUUGUACUUUUAGUACAUUUUCAUACGUUUUAUGACCUCUUUGUACUUUAUGAAUUAGUUUAAAUGAUAUCUUCAAACAGAUCACAAGUUCAUCUCAGAUUUUGAAAUGCCUACUUUUUCAAAGGAUCAUAAUCAAUGUCGGCAGGUCGUUUGCACACUUUGUAUGAAAAAAAGUGACAGAGAAAUUUCAGAAUAUUUCAUCAGUGAAAUCAAAAGAUUGAUUUCUGGCAACAUCAACUUUGAUGAUGAGAGGGUUCCACGAGGGAUCUGUGUCACCUGUAGGUUCCUGCUUAGAAAGUUAGCUUCUGGAGAUGAAGAAGUGAGUAUACCUCAACUUUAUGACUUCGAAUCCAUAUUGAUCAAACCAUCAACUCGCCAGACAACUAAAUGUGAUUGCAUCAUUUGUCAAAUUUCAAAAACCAAAGGGAAAGGAAAGCACCCCUUUGAAAAACCAUCUCAGCAAGAAGUGCAAAAAGAAGAAAAAUCUUUUGAAAAACGAUGCACAAAAUGCCUAUCUGUCAUUGCUCGAGGACUGCCUCAUAACUGCAAAGAAGCAACACGUCGUGAAAACUUGAAAGCUCUGGCAUUGGCAGAUCCGUUAGGGGCAGAGCAAAUUGCAUCAUUCAUUGUUUCUUCCAAAGAGGUAUCUUCCGAUGGAACUAUUCUGAUUAGCCGGUUUCAUGGAAAGCCUCUUGAAAUCAGACCAGGAUCAAAUGCAACUCAGGGUCUCUCCUCAGAGCCAUUGACAACACAAGAUAUGAUUAAUAUUCAGCAAAACAUUGGACUUUCUAACAAUGGAAUGAGAAAGCUUGGGUCAGCUUUAAAUCAAAUAAGUCCUGUUCGCAUAGUUGAGGCUAAUUUUCAACAAAAAUUUGCUGCAGCUGGAACUACCCUCAAAAGUUUCUUUACAGUAACCACUUCACAGUUACCAGAAUCAAAUGAAACACGCCAUAUUGUUCACUGCACAAAUUUGGAAACCCUUAAAGAAAAUAUUGUUUCAUCCAGAGGCUUGCAAAACUCAAACUUCUUAAAGCUUGGCAUUGAUGGUGGAGGAUUAUUCUUUAAGGCAAGUUUGAGUCUUAUCAGUGAGCAUGAAGGAGAACCUCACAGUCCUGUUCAGAAGAAAUCAAAAUUGAUCAGCAAAGACAACUUCAAAAACACAAGUGUUCAAAAACAACUGAUUGUUGCCAUUUCAGAGAACACACCAGAGACUUACCCAAAUGUUAAGCACAUUCUGGAUCUUCUCCAAAUCAAUGAAAUCUCCAUUUCAGAAAAACUUGUUAUUUCUUGUGACAUGAAGCUUGCAAACAUAGUUUGUGGAAUCCAGUCACACAGCAGUAAGCAUCCUUGCUGUUGGUGCAACAUAGACUCAGCACAUUUGGAAAACUGUGGUCAGCUUAGAACAUUCGGGGGCAUCAGAGACUUGUACAAAAAAUUUGUGAAGUCUGGUUGUGAUGCCAAAAGAUCAAAAGAGUUUGAAAAUGUGGUUCAUUUGCCAAUGUUUGCCUUUCCAGACAGGGAAUUGAUCCUUGAGGCAAUCCCACCCAUGGAACUGCAUUUGCUCCUGGGAGUUGUCAACCACCUCAUCAAGUACUUGGUUCAAGUUUUUCCAAAGACCAAACAAUGGUUGGAUUCAAUCCACAUUCAGAUGCAACCAUUUCAUGGUGGCCACUUCAAUGGAAAAGAUUGCAUGAAAGUGCUGAGGAAAAUUGAAGAGCUUAUGCAAUUGACAAUUGCUGAAAAAGCACCAGAUGCAACAAAGGCAUGCCAAGCAUUGAGCUCAUUUCACCAGGUUGUGGUUUCAUGCUUUGGAUACACUCUGUUGCCAGAUUAUGAGGCAAAAAUUUGUGAUUUCAAAGAUAACUACUUGAAAUUACCAGUCUCAGUCACACCAAAGGCACAUGCUGUUUUUCAUCACGUUCAACAAUUCAUUCAUCAGCACAAGGUUGGUCUAGGUGUAUUCAGUGAGCAAGCAACAGAAGCUCUUCAUUCAAAUUUCAAGACCCACUGGCAAAGAUUCAAGCGAAACUCUACUCAUCCGGAAUAUUCCAGUCAACUCCUCAGUUGUGUAGUUGAUUACAACAGCAAAAAAGUUUAGUUGGAAAGAAAGAAAAUAAAAGACUCCUCAUUUUCAAUUUGGAGAAACUCAGUUUGUGUGUGUGUAAAGAAUGUAUUUAUUUGUCAAAAGAAAAAUUUUUGAAGUGAGAAAUUUUGAUUAUAUCAAAAAAUUGAAAGAUGGUUUUCUAAAUAUUUUCAAAUAAAAUUUUAAAAUUGUGAAUAUGAAUUAUUGUCAAAAAUGGCAUAUUUUCUAUCUUAAUUUUACUUUUUAAAUUAGUUAGGCUGUAUUAGGACUGAUAUGACCCCUUUUGUUAAGGGCAGGUUGUAACCAACUUCUAUCCAUUUGGUGAAAAUAUUGAAUAUUUUCAAAUAAAAAUAUCUCUCUCGGAUUUUAAUUUUGGAUUUCAAAGUAAGUUGAUAUAGUAUUCUUGACAUGUGUAGUUUCAUACCCUAAGAGGAUUUUUUCGGGAUGUUUCGUAACCAAAAAAGUCAAAAUUUUCAA